GGAAGCGUCGUUGAUAAAGAAAGACGCGUCGCGACGCCUUCCUCAAAACUCCACUUCAGUGUGACCGAAGAAGCGCGCCCAAUGAGCCCCAACUCGGCGGUGAAGACGUCGACUUGCUCCUGAGUUAUGUCACUAGUGUAGUAGUGCUCCUCGGGGGUGUGCACAAGACAUGGCAGAUCACGGUGACUUCGACGACGAGGAGCUCGUGUCAAGCAACACGAACCAAAGGAAUUGGCGCGGAAUCCUCAUAGCGCUCCUCGUCAUCGUGGUAGUUCUGGCCUUGAUUGUGACAUCUGUAGUUCUCUUAACUCCCCCAGACGAAGGUCCCCGGAUCAAAGGAGCCAGAUUCAAGCUGCAGGACAUCCUCAGCCACGACUUUCAGCCGUUGAGGUUUAACGGCACGUGGAUUUCAGGCGAAGAGUUAGUCUACAAGGACCAAUGGGGAGGCAUCAGCAUCAUGAAAGCGUCCAACCUGUCAGUUCGCACUUUGAUGUCCAACCAAACUUUCUUGCGGUUGAAUCCAGCCAGAUUCCAGCUCAGCGCGGACCAGAGAUAUCUGCUUUUGGCACAGAACGUGCAAAAGUUGUUCAGACACUCCUACUUGGCGCAGUAUACAAUCUACGACAUUCAAACAGGUAACGAUUUCCCUUUGCGUCCAAUGCCGGAAACGGAAGAGCAUCCCUACCUGCUCUUAGCCGAAUGGGCGCCUCGAGGCCACGGCCUCAUAAUGGUGCAGGAUUACGAUAUUUACUACAGGAAGAGUCCCACUUCGCACACUGGCUAUAGAAUAACCAACAGCGCGGUUCCGGGCGUGGUGAGUCAUGGAGUUCCGGACUGGCUCUACGAAGAAGAGAUCUUGGGUAGCAACAGCGCUUUAUGGAUGUCGAGUGACGGUCUUUUGUUAGUUUUCGCAUCUUUCAACGACAGUUUGGUGGAAGAGUUGAGAUUUCCAUGGUAUGGAUCGGCAAAUGAAGGCCGACUUUAUCCUGAUAUCCGGUCGCUCCGGUAUCCCAAACCUGGAACCAGAAAUCCCAAGGUAACCCUGACCAUAGCCGACUUAGCCGACACGUCGAAUAUCAAGAUAAAAACCGUGAUCCCACCAGUUGCACUGGCCAAUGUGGAAUAUUACUUCACUUCAGUUUCUUGGAUCAGUUUGACGGAGAUUUCUGUGGUUUGGUUAAACAGACCGCAGAACUUAUCUUUGAUCACAAUAUGCACCAGUCCUAAAUGGGAUUGCAGAGAGACCCAAAGAAUCACCAGCGACGGUCACGGUUGGGUGGACAUGGGUGACAGCCCGGUCUUUGGCACAGACAGCAGCAAUUACAUCACAGUGGCACCCGUCAGGGACGGCCCCGCCGGUUAUUUCCGUCACGCCGUCUCCGUCAAUAUCCCAAAGAGGCGAAUUAUUCCUCUCACACAUGGGAAGUACGAGGUGACACGUAUUCUUACUUGGGACCAUUCGAACGACGUCAUCUACUUCUUGGGGAUACCCGAAAAUAAACCAGGCCAACAACACCUCUACCGAGUAACUUCAGUCCCGCCAAGAACCGGAGCGACCCUGCCUCCUCCGGUGUGUCUCACUUGCGUCCCAGAGCCUGCCCCUACUACUCCUCCUUAUUUCUUCAUGGACGAAGACAUAUACCUUCUGAAAAGCAAAUACUGGGAUGAAGAUGAAGAUAGUACGGUUAUCACAACACCUGCGCCAAAGAGGCGCAAAAAGAAACAAAAAGUAACACCAACUGAACCUUCAUGCCUCUAUCACAAUGCUAUAUUUAGCCCUAAUUCGAAAUACUACGUCUUAGAGUGCCUUGGUCCGGCGAUUCCUUACAGUGUUUUGUACAAAACGGCGAUGCCCAAGCCGAAACUCAUAGUCAAUCUACAGAAUAAUACCAAGUUGAGGGAGAUGGUAGCCAAGAUGGCUAUGCCACAAAUAAAGACAUUUCCGGUCCAGAUUUCCGGGGGGUAUCAAGCGCAUGUAAGACUCCACUUACCGCCCGGUUUGAGAGAAGAUGAGAUUACCAGGUAUCCCCUGGUGGUUCAGGUGUAUGGGGGCCCUGGGAGUCAGCUGGUAACAGAAAGGUGGCGGGUAGAUUGGAACACGUAUCUGACAGGAAAUAAGGAUUUUAUUAUUGCGCAAAUAGACGGGCGAGGAUCUGGAGGUCAAGGCCACCAACUUCUGCAUAAAGUUUAUUACAAAUUGGGGUCGGUCGAAGUGGCUGAUCAGCUAGAAGUUACAGAAUACUUGCGAGAUACACUCCACUUCAUCGAUAAACGGAGGGUGGCCGUUUGGGGAUGGAGUUAUGGUGGGUUCGUCGCCGCAUUAGCGCUGGCAAGUCCCAAAAGUGUUUUUCGAUGUGCCAUCGCUGUGGCACCGGUUACCAAUUGGAAGCUUUACGACUCCGCCUAUACGGAACGUUACAUGGGCCUCCCUAACGUGACGGACAACUACAAAGGAUACGACGAAGCUGACGUUAGCAAAAAAGCGCAUCUUCUCAAGGAUAAAAUGUUUUAUCUGGUACACGGUUCAGCCGACGACAAUGUCCACCUUCAACAAUCUAUGGCUUUGGUGAAAUCCCUCUCAGAGGCAGGCACGCUUUUCCGGCAGCAGAUUUAUCCUGAUGAGAGCCACGGUCUAGGCGGAGUAAAGAAACAUCUAUACAAGAGCAUGGGCCAAUUUUUCGACGAUUGCUUCCAAAAACAAGUUCCUCCAGAAUUCAAAGCGGGAUUAAGGAAUGAUAUCGAGUAGUACACUUUUAACGAUUUCCUCAACUAAGUGAUGCCAAACUGAGGAUGUCCCUAUCGCUUUAUAUGCAACAUCCAUUUUCUUUCUGACAGGAUGUUAGUGAUGAAAGUGCCAAAUUUUGAUGUUCUUGAUGUUAGUAGACUUGCAAUUGCAAUAAGAGUGGAACUCAGGAAACCAGAAGGAACGCCCUUAAACCCCAGAAAAACGGAACAAUGAGGGACUCCUUGCGUUGUUCUGCGUAGCUACAAUCAGUAUUAUUUGGCGAAGAACAUGACAUAUCUCAAGUCAACUCGUCUUCAAGGUUCCACGUCCCCUGCAUUUUAAUAAAUAUAGUCAAUGAUAAAUUUGUGAAUAGUAGAUUUUAAAAUGACCAAAUCCUAGAUAGAUAACCUCCAAUAAUCAUUCAAGUUUUCAUGAUAUUUUAGCUGUUAAGGAUAGUGUUCAGAGGGUCUAUUUCGAGCCAUAAGCCUUAAAUCUGACCUUCUUGUCAUUUUCAUUUCCGUUCUUUUAUCAUUUUGUAAAAAAGAUAAGUCAAUUUUUAAUGAUGGCGUACUCAAUUCUGAACACUGGUGACUUUUAUCAUGUACUCAUCUUGUAAAUAUUUGAUUCGUAGGUAGUUGUACAGUAAUGGGUCCAAUAACUGUUCUAUUUUUCCAAAAGUGCACGGUGUGACUUAUGCACGAUCUAGCAAUAACCAUUUCGCUCUAAUAACUUUUGAACAAUCUGCUAAUCAAAAUAGACCACUGUACAUAAUAGCUUGACCCAAACAAUCUGAUAGUCUAAGUAGGUACUAAAAUAGUGAGAUUAAUAGGUUUCAGUUUGUAGAAAAUUUGUUAUUGUACAGCAAGGAAAACUUUACCAUUGUUGCCAACUUUGAAAGCUCAAAAAAUGUGAGACGCUGUUCAAUAUUGUUUGUAUAUAAAAAGACAAGUUUUUAAAUGAGUUCUUUAAAAAGCGAUUGUUUUAUUGUUAACACGCCUUAAUUUCGUCGACCAUGUGAUACCUCCUAUCAUCCGUUUUGAGGAAAUUUAUUGUAAAUAUCUUAAAAACGUUCUUGCAUCUCUCAUUCAAUGGUUGUUCACACAAUAGUAUACUUAAUUAAAAUAGAUUAUUGACUAUUUACUAGAUUAUUAUACUAAAAAUUAUGAAACAAAUAAAGAGAA